AAUUCUGUGUAUUGAUUUUUUUUUCAUUGUAUUUGUUUGAUUCGGUGAUUUAUUUUUAUUGAAUCGGAAUUUUUUUUUAAAGAAUUUCAAAAAACAAAACAAAAUAUAAAUAAAUCGAAAUUAUUUAUCCACAAGUAUCGAUUGCUAUUCGAUUCGAAUUUAAACGGAAAAUUUUUAUAUUCGUCCAUCAUUUAAUCUUAUUUUUUUUUUGUAUUUUGAUUGUUUUGUUUUUUGAAAAUCAUAAUCAUAAUCUAAAUUGAAAAGAAGAAAAAAAAAUGUUACGAUCAUUAAGAAAUAAAUUUGUUUUGGCUAAACAAAUAGCCAAUGCUGCAAAUAAUAAUGGAACAGGUGGUAAUCGUGUUGGACGAAGAUUCUUAAAUGUUCAUGAAUAUGUUGCAAUGGAAAUAUUACAGAAUGGUGGUGUUAAAGUGCCAAGAUUUGGUGUGGCCAGUACACCUGAAGAAGCUGUUGAAAUAUCGAAACGUUUAGGUGAAAAUGAUUUUGUUGUCAAAGCACAAGUAUUGACUGGCGGUCGUGGCCGUGGACAUUUCAGUAGCGGUCUAAAAGGUGGUGUUAAAUUAGUUUAUACACCUGAAGAAGUUCGAGAAGUUGCGUCAAAAAUGUUGGGACACAGUUUAAUUACGAAACAAACAGGUGAAAAAGGAAUGAUAUGUAAUAAGGUUAUGAUUGUCGAACGUCUUUAUCCAAGACGUGAAUAUUAUUUUGCCAUUAUGUUGGAACGUGCCUAUCAAGGUCCAGUGAUUAUUGCAUCAAGUCAAGGUGGUAUGGCUAUCGAAGAUGUUGCUAAAGAAUCACCUGAAGCUAUUAUUACAAUGCCUGUUGAUAUUGUAAAUGGUCUUUCGUUAGAAAUGGCCAUGGAUGUUGUACGUAAAAUAGGUUUUCAUCCUAAUAGUCAUGAACAUGCUGCCCAAUUAUUGAUAAAUUUAUAUAAAUUAUUUCUGGAUAAAGAUGCCUCUAUGAUCGAAAUUAAUCCAAUGAUUGAAGAUUCAAAUGGUCAGGUUUUAUGUAUCGAUGCUAAAUGUCGUUUUGAUGAUAAUGCUGAAUUUCGACAAAAGGAUAUUUAUGAACAAAAAGAUACAACACAAAUUGAUGUACGUGAAGUUGAAGCACAGGCUGCAAAUUUAAAUUAUAUUUCAUUGGAUGGUGAUAUUGGUUGUUUAGUUAAUGGUGCCGGUUUAGCUAUGGCUACAAUGGAUAUUAUCAAACUACAUGGUGGUAGUCCGGCUAAUUUUCUUGAUGUUGGUGGUGGUGCAACAGCACAACAAGUCAAAGAAGCAUUUCGUAUUAUUUCAUCCGAUUCCAAAGUGCAAGCUAUUCUGGUCAAUAUAUUCGGUGGUAUAAUGCGUUGUGAUGUUAUUGCCGAAGGUAUUAUUGCUGCCGCACAAACACUUAAGCUAAAAAUUCCUAUUGUUGUACGUUUACAAGGUACAAAUGUUGAUGAUGCAAAAGCAUUAAUUGCAUCAUCAAAUCUUCGUAUUUUGGCUUGUGAUAAUUUAGAAGAAGCGGCAAAAAUGGUUGUAAAAAUGUCGGCAAUUAUUGGAUUGGCAAGAUCAGCAUCGGUUGAUGUUAAUUUUGAAUUGCCAAUCUAAAGAAAAAAAAUAUUGUUAAAGAAUAAUUUAAAAAUUCAAGAUAUUCAUGGCAAACUACGACAUAUAUACCAACACACACAAACAUUUAUCAUCCCACCAAAACAACACUGAUUGAUUUCAAUUCGAUUCGAAGAAUUCUGAUUCGAUUCUGUUCGAAACAUCUAUCCCAAAACCACUCACAAACCUUUGACUUAUGAAUUAUGUUUGAUUAUUAUUUGUUUUUUUUUCAUUGUUUUAUUCUUUUAAUAAAAAAAAAAUAUCCUACAAAUCAUUCACAUACAUACAUGCACACACACACUGACUAGAUUUUGGAUUGAAAUCUUUUGUUUGCUUAUUAUUAUUUGAUUAUUUUAAUUAUCA